AUGGAUAAUGUCAUGGAUGUUGUUAUAAAGACAGUGAACUUCAUACGCGCGCGAGUUCUGAACCAUAGACAGUUCAACUGCUUAUUAGAGGAAAAUGAGAACACACAUGGACUGCCAUAUCACACUGAUGUUCGCUGGUUAAGUCGGGGAGUCAUACUGAAACGAUUUUAUGAAUUGCGCAGUGAAAUACACAUGUUUAUGGAAAAGAAAGGAAGGGAUUUGCAUGAACUGAAAGAUAAUGAAUGGGUUCAAGAUCUAACUUUCAUGGCGGAUAUUACAGAACAUUUAAAUUACGUGAAUAAAAAGCUGCUAGGACGCAAUAAGUUGGUGACAGAGUUUUAUGACUGCAUUCGUGCCUUUGAGGUGAAACUUCAGCUUUUUGAACGGCAACUAUCAGAGAGUAAUCUUUCUCACUUUCCGACCUUGAAGUCCCAGCAAGGCACACCUGAGUUUCAUGCUGAUAUCAAUACAAAAAAGUACUGCAUCAAGAUUUCCGAAUUAUUGAAUGAGUUCUAA